AUGGCAUCUGAGGUCAUGUUUUCGGGGCUGCCUACCUCGCCGUUAAUCACUUCAAAGGCAAUCUUUACAUGUCUGAUGCUUCUAUUCACGCACCGGCUAUGGAUUAUCACGUACCGCAUCUACUUUCACCCUCUGCGACACUAUCCUGGACCAAAAGUCGCGGCAGCUACCAAACUCUACCGGCUGUACUUUACGACUCGAGGCGAAGGUGCUAGUCUCCCUAAACGACUUCAUGACCGCUACGGCGCCAUUGUCCGCAUCGGUCCCGAUGAGCUCAGCUUCAUCGAUUCAAAGGCGUGGAAGGACAUUCAUGGGUUCCACGUGGGAGACAGAGACUCCUUCACAAAGGACCUGGUUAUGUAUGGUCCAGACAUCAGACCCAAUGUUCGGGGUCUCAUUCGCGCAGAUGACGCGGGGCACAGCCGGCAACGACGAAUCUUUACCCACGCCUUUUCCGACCGGGCUCUUCGUGGUCAGCAGUCGCUCAUCAAAGGCUAUGUUGACACCUUGAUGACCAAACUGCACGCGAUUGCCAAACGCCAAAGAAAGGACAGCAGAAACGCCGAUAGCAUCCUCGAUGUUACUCGUCUGUACACCUUCACGAGCUUUGACAUCAUGGCAGAUCUCACCUUCGGGGAAUCUUUGGGAAUGCUCAGCGGAGAGAGUUAUGUGCCCUGGGUCUCCCUGAUUGAGGAAUCCUUGAGAUACUCAGGAUACACCUUGAUAUUGCGUGCUUAUCCUCUGCUGGGAUAUCUGCUCGCACCCCUGAUCCCAAAGUCAAUCAAGGCUAUGCGUGAAGAGCAUAUCGACUUUGCCAUCAAGCGAGUUGAUAAACGUCUUCAAAACGGCUCGGACAGAGGUGACAUUUGGAGCCUGGUCGAGCGAAAUGCGGAGCAGGACAACAUUUCAAGAGAAGAAAUGUACUCGAGCUCGUACGAGUUCUUGAUAGCUGGAUCGGAAACAACGGCGAGUCUGUUGUGCGGGCUGACAUAUUUCCUAUGCAAGAACGAGGACAAGAUGAACAGAGUAUUGGGCGAGAUACGAGCACUUGGGAUAGAUGACUUGACCAUGUCGAAGUUACAAGGCCUGAAGUUCUUGCAGGCUUGCAUCGAAGAAACCAUGAGACUUUACCCCCCCGUCGCCGGAGCACUGGGACGUGUGAAGCAAAGGGAAGGGACAAAUGUUUGUGGGAAAUGGGUUCCAGAAGGGACGUCGGUGGGCAUUCCCCAUAUGGCGGCGUACCAUUCCGCAACAAACUUUUCAGAUCCGAUGGAGUUCGUCCCGGAGCGUUGGCUGCCUGAUGCUCCCGAUAGAUUCAGAAACGACAACAAGGAGGUAUUUCAGCCUUUUCUCUACGGGCCUAGGAACUGUCUAGGCAAAAAGUAG